AUGGUGGAAAAGAACGGUGGAAAAGAGGCAAAAGAAGAUGAGGAGAAGAGAAGUAGUAAUAGUGUUCAACAUGUUCUAAAGAUUGUUGAAAAUAAAGAUGUGAGUUGGUUCUUGACAUUGGUUAAGGAUCAAUCUACCCAAUAUCCUUUAGUUGCUCAUUCUGUAAAUACGAUUUUGGAUGUUUCAGUUGGUUCUUCUUGUUCUUCUUCCAUAGUUGAGGUUGAUUUGGGAGAUGAAUUAGUAAUUUUUAGAGAUGUUGAUAUUACUAAUAGUAAGGAUGGGUUGACUUUUAAGGAGAAGGAUUUGUUUUGUAGUAAAGAAAUUUUGCUGAAGUCAUUUCGCUUUAUAGCUGUCAAGAGUAAUUUUGAAUUUAAGACAUUGAGAUCUAAUUCAAGAUCAAUUGAGUUGAGAUGUAAUGAAGAUGGUUGUCUUUGGUUUGUUAGAGCGUCGCGUUAUAAAAGAAGUGAAUUAUGGAUGAUUCGAAAAGACGUUAGUGAUCAUAGUUGCUCAAUGAUUGUUCAUUCUUCUCAUAAGCAAGCAUCUUCAGAAUUUGUUAGUCAUUGUAUGAUUGAUUAUUUGAGGUAUAGUUAUUCUCAUUCAACACCAAAAGAUAUCAUCCAUCAUAUGCGUAUGAAUUAUGGAGUUUCUGUUAGUUAUUAUAAGGCUUGGAGAGCAAAAGAAUCUGUUAUGAAGUUGUUGAAAGGAGAUGUCGAUGAUUCUUAUGCUUUGAUUCCAAAGUUCUUCUCAAAGCUAAAAGAAAUAAAUCCAGCUGGUUCAUUUACUGCAUACGAAAUAGAUCCAAAUGGCCAUUUGAAAUAUUGUUUUAUGGCUAUUGCAUCAUCAAUUGAAGAUUGGAGAUAUUGGAGACCAAAUAUAGCCGUUGAUGGGACAUUUUUAAAGUGUAAGUAUGGUGAAACAUUGUUAACUGCUGCAACUAUGGAUGGUAAUAGUAAAAUUUUCCCUCUUGCAUUUAUUAUAGUAGAUUCGGAGAAUGAUGCUUCUUGGAAAUGCUUGAAUUCUAAGUUGAAGAUUGAUAGAGACUUACCGGUUGCAUCCUUGCUUGAGGCCAUUAGAGAGUUUCUUCAACGGUGGUUUUAUGAGAGAAGAAAAGCAGUCUCAUGUUUAAAGAGUGUUUUGAGUUCUUGGGCUGAAGGACUAAUAAGAAAGCUAGUUGAUGAAUCAAGAAGCUUCAUUGUGAAUCCUGUGAGUGAAGUUGAAUUUCAAGUAGUUGAUGAAGGCAAGAAUUUUUUAGUAAAGUUGAAUUGUAAUAGCUGCAGUUGCCUUUUUUGGGAUCUAGAAAAAAUUCCAUGUGUUCAUGCUCUUAUUGUCAUUCGUAGUCUUAAUUUGAAUCCUUAUGCAUUCGUUUCACAUUAUUACUAUGCUACUGUAUUGUUUGCAACUUAUGGUGGUUUAGUUCGUCCGAUUGGUAACCAUACUGAUUGGAGUGUUGUAGAGGUGAACGACAAUAUAUUGCCUCCAGUAUUUAGACGUCCAGCAGGAAGGCCUCGAAAAAGAAGGAUUCCUUCUAUUGGUGAAGUUUCAAAGAGCUCAAAAUGUAGUCGUUGUAAGAGAGCCGGUCAUAAUAUUAGAACUUGUAGAUUUGAACCUAUUUGA